AUGGAUCAGGGAGACGAGCCUCGGGAUACCUUUGCCCAAGAAGACCACCAGGUCGCUUACAUCUUUGACCCGGACCAAGACGACAAUGCUCGUCGGGAACCAAGGGCGCCGAAAAGACGGCGAGUGUCCAAGGGCGCUGCCAAGAAGAGCGUACAAGCUGAUGAGGCGCCGCUCUUUGUGCCGUUGCUCAACGGUGCCGAGCAGGAGGCGUUUGCGAUUUUGAGAGAAUCCAACUCGGCGACUUUGGACCAAGUCUCGGCGUUUGUGAAUGAUGCUGCGGCCGCAGGUAUCGACCAGAUACCCUCUGCGUUUGUCGUGACGGGGCCGAAUAUCGCCUCGCAGGGCUUGUUGUUUGAACAGCUCUCCGAGACAUUGGGCCAGCAGCCCGCGAGUCGGUUUGUGCGGCUGAAGUCCUCGGAGGCGGUGACGCUCAAGGCCGCGCUGAAGAAGACGAUUAGAGAUGCCAUGGCGAUGACGGGAGAUGCCGAGGACGAGGAGAUGCAAAUUGAUGAGGCGCCGAACGGCCGACGAUAUCUAGAGUACGACCUGGAGGCGUUGGAGGCUUUCAUCAAGCCGCUUAGAUGUGAGCACGUCUUCGUGGCGUUUCAGGACAGCGAGGGCUUUGACAGCGGCCUGCUGUCCGACUUGAUUACUCUCUUCCACUCUUGGCGCCCUCGGAUCCCAUUCACUCUGCUGUUUGGCAUCGCUACCUCGGUGGAGUUGCUGCAAGCACGCCUGCUCAAGUCGGCCUGCCGGCUGGUAUACGGCGCGCAGUUCGAUGCCGCCCAGGCUGGCAACAUCCUCGAAACAGUCUUCAAGGGGGCCGUUGCCGCCGCUGAUGUCCCCUUGAUAUUGGGCGGCCCUCUUCUCCAGAGCAUGCUGGAUCGACAGCAUGAGCAAGUAGCUGGCAUUCAAUCAUUUACUAGCUCCCUAAAGUACGCAUACAUGUGUCACUUCUACGCAAACCCACUCAGCAUCCUUUGCUCCUCUGAUGGAGACGACGCUCCCCAGGCAGAGCACCUCGAAGCAGCUCGUAAUCUACCUUCAUUUCGGCACGCUGUCGAGCGGGAAGUAGAGAAAAACACGAGUGAAUCACUCCAGCACGCCAAGUCUCUGCUUGACAACAACGAGUAUCUCCUCGACCAAAUUAGACGGGGGCACAGUAACAAGCAAACCUGGGCAGGGAGAUACCUCCGGUCCCUACUGAUAGUACGAGCUGCGGGUGCACAACGGGGGUCUUUCUCAAGAGCAUAUGUCGACGGUCUGGAGGGAAGCGCUUCGAUGCCCUCUGAACAGUCUUCCCUGGCAGCGUUUAUCCGCAGGAUGAACCCAGAUGAAUUAUCCAGAGUACUGGGUGAUAUCAUUAGUAUUUUCAAAGAGGGGGACGCAAUCCUGCGUUUGGGCCCAUCUAUAGACGAGCAGGAUCAACAAGUGCAAACGACACUGGAGACCAAACUUGAGGAACUGGAGCGGCUCAAAGCCAAGGCAGACGAACAAGGAACGCCGCUACGAAGCAAAUAUAGUGGACAAAGCAAAAUCAUGCGCACAACCGUCAUCGCGCAAAAGGUCCAGCUGAGUCGGGACUCUGCGGCUCUUCGCGAUGAUGAUAAGGCAUUUACUGAGAUUGUCGACCAAGUGACGGAUGUACUGUCUGCGUAUCAUCCGGAUACAAACGCCACCGAGGUCAUGUUUGCCGAGUGCUGGCUCUACGACUCCAAGUCACCUUCGCGGCAAGUAUUUGUUCCUCGACCACGGGCUGUGUUUGAGCGUAGUCUCGGUCGUCCGCACGACUAUCUGGGAUGCUCAUGCUGCAAAACUGAUGGCGGGGGCCUGCAGGCAACUCUCCCUUCAACGUCUAUCCUGUACCAGCUGUACCUUGAAACAGGGAACUUGAUCAACGUGGCAGACUUGUGGUCAGCCUUUCAUACCCUAGUGAAUGAGAAGGAAGAUGAUGAUCGGAAAGCGUUGGUGAUGUUUUAUCGGGGUCUUGCGGAGCUCCGGGCUCUAGGAUUCGUAAAGAGUAGUAAGAAAAAGGUAGAUCAUAUUGCCAAGGUGAAGUGGCUGUAG